GGCGCGAGUGGGGAGGAGGCCACGUCCUCUCUUCCAGUGCAGCUACCGCUCCGCGCUCUGCGACCAUGGCUGUGCUGGCGGCACUUCUGCGCGGCGGCAGCCGCAGUCCCCUGCUCCGGAGGCUGCUGCAGGAAAUAAGAUACGUGGAACGAAGUUAUGUAUCACAACCCACUUUGAAGGAAGUGGUCAUAGCAAGUGCUGUAAGAACACCCAUUGGAUCCUUCUUAGGCAGCCUUUCUUUGCUGCCAGCCACUAAACUCGGUUCCAUUGCAAUUCAGGGAGCCAUUGAAAAGGCAGGGAUUCCAAAAGAAGAAGUGAAAGAAGCAUACAUGGGUAAUGUUCUACAAGGAGGCACAGGACAAGCCCCUACAAGGCAGGCAGUAUUGGGUGCAGGCUUACCUAUUUCUACUCCAUGCACCACCAUAAACAAAGUUUGUGCUUCAGGAAUGAAAGCCAUCAUGAUGGCCUCUCAAAAUCUCAUGUGUGGACAUCAGGAUGUGAUGGUGGCAGGUGGGAUGGAGAGCAUGUCCAAUGUUCCGUAUGUGAUGAACAGAGGAGCAACGCCCUAUGGUGGGGUAAAGCUUGAAGAUUUGAUCGUAAAAGACGGGCUAACUGAUGUCUACAAUAAAAUUCAUAUGGGCAACUGUGCUGAGAAUACAGCAAAGAAGCUGAAUAUUGGACGAGAUGAACAGGACACUUAUGCUAUUAACUCUUACACCAGAAGUAAAACAGCAUGGGAAGCUGGGAAAUUUGCAGAUGAAGUUAUUCCUGUCACAGUUACAGUAAAAGGUAAACCAGAUGUAGUGGUGAAAGAAGAUGAAGAAUACAAACGUGUUGAUUUUAGCAAAGUUCCAAAGCUGAAGACAGUUUUCCAGAAAGAAAAUGGCACAGUAACAGCUGCCAAUGCCAGUACGCUGAAUGAUGGAGCAGCUGCUGUGGUUCUGAUGACUGCAGAUGCAGCCGAGAGGCUCAACGUUAAACCGCUGGCAAGAAUAGUAGCAUUUGCUGAUGCGGCUGUAGAACCUAUUGAUUUUCCAAUCGCUCCUGCAUAUGCCGUACCUAUGGUUCUUAAAGAUGCAGGAUUGAAAAAGGAAGAUAUUGCAAUGUGGGAAGUAAAUGAAGCUUUUAGUCUCGUUGUACUAGCAAACAUUAAAAUGCUGGAGAUUGAUCCCCAAAAAGUGAAUAUCAAUGGAGGAGCUGUUUCUCUGGGGCAUCCAAUUGGGAUGUCUGGAGCCAGGAUUGUCGUUCAUUUGGCUCAUGCCUUGAAGAAAGGAGAAUACGGUCUUGCCAGUAUUUGCAACGGAGGAGGUGGUGCUUCUGCUAUGCUAAUUCAGAAACUGUAGACAACCUUGGCUGAGACAACUCUAUGUGACCAGAAGGCCUGCCAUAAUCAGUGUGACUACUUUCAGUCAGCUUAUAUUCAGACUGUUCCAUUUUUUAUUAUUUUCUGUUAACUUUUAAAAUGAUGAAAUCAUAAAACCUUUUGAAAUUAAAAUUUUUUCUGUUUUGGGUA